UUUUUAAAUAAAAAAAUAACAAAGAUUUUAAUUAAUGAAGGGAUAGGCUGAAUAAUAGAAGGGAGCAACUAAAACAGUCAAAAAGGUUAAAACCACAAACAAAAGUGCACCAGUUAGACUUUGGGUUAAGGCUGUAUUUACAGGUUUUAGAAGAUCAAAGGUUUAAUAGAAUGAAAACUAAGCAUUACUCAAAAUUGAACAUGUUAAUGAUGUUGCUUCAAGCAGAUUCUAUUGGGGAAAAAGAGUUGCAUACAUUUACAAGGCUCAUUCAUUAAAGAAUAACACUAAAUUCAGAGCAAUUUGGGGACGUAUUAGCAAAUCUCACGGAAGCAAUGGAGUUGUUACUGCUCGUUUUGGUAGAAAUCUUCCUCCAAGAGCUAUUGGAUCAACCCUCAGAGUGUUCCUUUAUCCCAACAGAGCUUGAAAAUCACAUAUACAAUAUACAAUAAUACAUUAAUCAAUUUUAAAUUC